AUGACGUCGACCACCGUGACGGACAAGGACUUCUUGGCCAAGAAGAUCGUCUCGGCUGAUGGGCCGAAGGGUGGGGAGGUAGUGCACGAACUGUCCCUUAGCGAAUGGUGCAUCACCCGCAUUGAGCCGGAGGAGGAGUCCAACCGGCGACGGUCGGUGCUCGAACGCAUCGUCAACGUGGUGCGGGUGUGGAUUCGCCACACAAUGAUCACGGAGUUCCGCAUGCCAGAGGCGGCGGCGGCGCAAGUCGAGGGCCGCAUCUUUGCCACCGGCUCCUACCGGUACAACGUGCACACCUCUGGCAGUGAUAUCGACAUGGUGUUGAUUGCCCCCAGUCGCAUCACCCGCGAGCACUUUUUCAACACGCUGGCGCCACGGCUGAAGAGCGAGCCGUGGGUGACAGACCUGCACUGCAUUCGUGAGUCUCGCGUGCCGAUCAUUGCGAUGGUGUGCGACGGCAUCGACAUUGAUCUCUCGUUUGGGUCGAUCCGGCAGGACCGCGUACCGGAGGUCAUCACGGAUGACCUUCUACAGGGCCUCGACGAGCAGUCCGUGCUGAGCUGUAACGCCGUGCGAGUGGCACACAACAUAAUGGAUCUCGUGCCGAACAAGGCCGUUUUCCGUCAAACCUUGCGCUUCGUGAAGGCGUGGGGGAAGGCAAGGUCCAUCUAUAGCAACACCUUCGGCUUCCCAUCCGGCAUUGGCUGGGCCAUCCUCACCGCCUUUGUGUGCCAAUGCUAUCCGAACCAGAACGCCGCUGGCAUGGUCACCCGCUUCUUCCGAACGUACCACACGUGGUUUAAGCCGAACCCGCACGAGACCGGCACCGAAAACCGCGCCAUCUACCUCACCGAGUCCAUGCGGGCCCGCACCCACCUCGGCCGCGGCUGGGACCCGCGGGAGUCCAAGUCGGAUGCGAUGGCACUCUUCCCGGUGCUGACACCGGCGGUGCCAUACGGCAAUACCUGCUACAAUGUUACCCUCACCAACCUGCGCCAGCUCUGCGACGAGUUCCAGCGCGGCCACGAUCUGCUUAGCAAGGACCUCGGCAUGAGCGCUGCGGAGGCGAAGGCGAAGUUCGGUCCGUUCGGAGUUUGGUCGCGUGUGUUGGAGCCGGCCCCGUUCUUUGGCAAAUUCCAGCACUACCUGCAGAUCAAGGUCUCAUGCAGCGAUGCGGAGCACUACCAGGCCUACGCGGACGGCGUGGAGUCGCGCAUACGUAUCCUCUGGGCCGGCAACGCCUCGUCACGUGGCCACACGCUGGAGGACUAUCGCCAGCUUCGCCUGCACCUGAACCCGCGCCGGUUCGAGGACCCCGAGGAAGUGCAGCUGCGGACGCGACUGACAAGCAAAGCCACUGGCGCGGCGGCGGCGGCGAGCCACACUCGCGGCAGCGUCGGCUCUCGCGCCUCUGGCCAGCUUGGCGACGGCGGCAGCUCUCUCCAUGGUAACCUCAACGUGAAGGAUAGCAGUGCCCCCUCAGGUCCGACGUGGUUCACGGCGCACUACUUCAUCGGCAUGACCGUCGACACGAAGGUGUCUUCGGCCAAGAUCGACCUCGCUCCCGCUAUCCGCACCUUCCACACGGUCGUUCGCGAGCUUCGUCAGUACCGUGAGGGCGUCACGAGGCUGCCAGCGAUAACGGUUGUGGACAUGGCACGUAUCCCGACCUUCGUCAAGGAAGCAGCGGGGUACAUCGAGGAGACGGCGGCGGCGCAGGAGGAGCGGAGCUCCAGCGAGGCGGAGGAGGCGCGCAACAACAGCAGCACUGCCGCACGUGCAGACGCGGCCAAACGCGACGGCACAUCGGCGGCGUCGACGACAACGUCGAAGCCGAGCACGGCGGCGAGUGCGGCUGACGGCUCGGCCAGCGAGACGAGUCGCGGCCUUCACGACGGCGGUGCAGGUAACGGCGCAGCGUCGAGUAUCGACAGCUACGCACGUAAGCGCACGCGAGAUCAGUACGGCACCGAUGGCCAUGGUACCGUGGCAGCCAAGGCAGAGACCUCGACAGCUGCCGGCAGCGGAAGCGGUGCGGCUGGCCGUGCGCAGGCGGAGGAAGACGCCGACGACAUCGAGCAGGCGCUUGGGCUGGACUUUUAG